ACCUCUGCCCGUCAGUGUGCGAUUGUAUCUUGUGAGAGAAGGUUGUGCGCCGCUGCCUCUCCUUUGACGUGUGUACUCUUUCCCUUGCGUGUGCGUGGUGGCUUUGGCACUUCACGUACACACACGCACACACUACCUGCCGUCUACGAGGUGACGAGACGCAGCGUGGAGAAGCGAUGGCGGAGAGCGAGGCGUGAGAGGCGCUGAGUCUUGGCCUACUUGAAGUGGAGGGAAUGAAUUGGUAAACAGGCGAGAGAAAGGAAGAAAGAAAGGUGGGCAAAGAGAACAGGAGGGUGGGCGGAUAGCAGAGGAGGAAGAGGGAAGGAAGAGAGAGAACUAGAAGAAAGGAAGAAAGUGAGAAAAAUUAAGGAAAGAAGGAAAGAAAGCAAUAGAAAAGAAAGGAAAGCAAGUAAAAAGAAGGAAAGAAGGAAAGAAGGAAAAUGGGUUACUGCUCGUGAGGCCCAAUAAGUCUGCUGCUGUUUGUUCUUCCUUUUUAUUCCUUUUUUGCUGCUGCUUCUCUCCAGAGUGUUGCCAAGUGAAUGGUCUUGUUUGGGUCAAGCAUUUUGUGGUGACAGAAGAAUUCGUGUGCGUGUGUCGAGCAAGCGUGUGUGUGCUGAGGUAUUAGUGCACACGAAACACACACACACACACACACACACACACACACACACACACACACACACACACACACACACACACACACACACACACACACACAUACACACACACACGCAAUUAACAUACUUACACGGGAACGUUUUUUGAGAACUUCCAACACCACGUCUUAGAAUCGUAUGAGGUUUUUUAUUAUAGAAGAGAAAAAAAAAUAAUAAUUGCAAGAAAAAAUCCCUGCUGUGAACCAUUUGCGCGAGAAUUAAAAGGAAAACGUGAAAAGAAAAGUUUCAGUCGGAGAGUGAAGCUGAUAAUAAAGAAAUAAUUUGUGAGAGAAAAAUAGGAGGAGAAAAUCAUUCCAUACUGAAAGUGAAAGAAAAAUAAUACAAGUUGAAUUAGUUGAAAAUUAUAUGAAAAUUGAAGUGAAAAUCGUGGAUUAGUAAAAGAGAGACAGCUUAUUGACCACACCAGAUGAAGUUCAGUACAUAUUAAAAGAAAGAAAAUAUUGAAAAGUUACAGAAUAAAUCAAUAAAAAAGUAAAACAAGGCAAAGAAAAAGAGGAGAGAGGUAUUAAUUCAAAUGAGUGAACCGGAACUUUGAGAGAAGAAAAGAAGGAAGGAGGGAAGGAAGGAAGAGAAGGAGGAAGAAGAGGACAAGAAUUUUCAUCAUCUACUCAUCGACUCAAGACACUUCACCAUGUCUAAUAUUGUGGCACAGCGCGUCAUGCAGAGCCCCGCCCAGGAACGCAGCCGCAUCACCCGCAGGAGAAGUGAACCAGCGCCCGCCCCGUCCUCCUCUCCGGCUGCUUCGCCCUCCACACGCCGCCCCAGAGUCUUUUCCGGCCGCAGAAAGAUAACCCCGGGCCUGAUGCCACCGGGGUCGCCAGGAACUUAUCGAAAAAAGUCGUCCUCGUUGGAGCUGCCGGCGGCUCUCCAGCAGCUGCCUCGAACACACCGCCCGAGUUUGUGUGACACCAAGAUGGCCGAAGACAAGCCCUGGCCCAACACCAAAGAAGAUUACGACCUGAGAGAAGUGAUUGGUAUUGGUGCUACAGCUGUGGUCCACUCAGCACUAUGUAUCCCACGGAACGAGAAAUGUGCUAUCAAAAGGAUAAACCUGGAAAAGUGGAAUACGAGUAUGGAUGAACUCCUGAAAGAGAUUCAGGCCAUGUCAUUGUGUCACCACGAGAAUGUUGUCACGUACUACACAUCCUUUGUGGUGAAGGAGGAGCUGUGGUUGGUCCUCAAGCUGCUGGGGGGCGGGUCACUCCUCGACAUCAUCAAGCACAGGAUGAAGAGCACAGACUGCAAGCAUGGAGUGUUUGAUGAGGCAGUUAUCGCCACAGCACUUAGGGAAGUACUGAAGGGCCUUGAGUAUUUCCACAACAAUGGACAAAUCCACAGAGACAUCAAGGCUGGGAACAUCUUGCUUGGAGAGGACGGGGUAGUACAGAUUGCAGACUUCGGAGUCAGUGCCUGGCUCUCCACGGGCGGUGACCUUUCUCGCCAGAAGUCUCGACACACCUUCGUGGGGACGCCCUGCUGGAUGGCACCUGAGGUCAUGGAACAGGUGUCUGGCUAUGACUUCAAGGCAGACAUCUGGUCAUUUGGCAUCACUGCGAUAGAGAUGGUGACCGGCACAGCGCCCUACCACAAGUACCCACCCAUGAAGGUGUUGAUGCUCACUCUGCAGAACGACCCACCCACUCUGGAGACCGGUGCUGAGGAGAAGGACCAGUACAAGGGAUAUGGCAAGGCGAUUCGCAAGAUGAUUGCUGACUGCCUGCAGAAGGACCCCACCAAGAGGCCCACAGCAUCAGAGCUCCUGAAACACCCCUUCUUCAAGAGAGCCAAGGACAAGAAAUACCUCCAGAGUGUGUUGCUGCAGGGCGGUCCGUCCAUAGAGGAAAGAGUGGCCAAGGAUGAGCCCUUCUUAAGACGGAGGCAGUCCCGCAGCAGGCAACCUGGCACAUCAGGCCGACUCCACAGAACACAGAGUGGUGACUGGGUAUGGUCCAGCGAUGAGGAGGAUGAGAAGGAUGCAGAUGAGGCUGACAAGAUCUCCAUCAGCAGCAGUGAAAGCAGCAAUGAGAAGCAUCAACAACAGCAGUCGCAGUCACAGUCCUCAACACUGUCUGAGUCCACACAGUCCUCCACGCAGCAGCCUCAGGUAACACAGCAACAGCAGCCCAAGACACAGGAGCAGCAGCCACCUCUGCCACCACAGUCAACCCCUCCAGCCACACAGACCAGUCCAGUUAUAGAGGCCACACCACAGCAGCAGCAGCAGCAGCAACAGCCACAGCCAGUACCAACACAGCCGCAGCCAGUACCAACGCAGCAGCCAGUACCACAACAGCAGCCAGUCCAAACUCAGCAGGAUGGAAUACCACCACAGUCAAUGUUAAUUCAGCAGCAGCCUCAGCCUCCACUUAGCUACCAGCCACAGGUCAUGCAACAGUUAGCAGGUGGUGUUGGUGGUGUUACCCCACAGUCAUACCCUAUCCAGUACCAGCAGCCAGUAGCACCACAACAGGUCCUCCAGCACAUGGCCUCUGUCCCUCAACAGCACCCACAGCAGUUACCUCCUCAGGCAUAUCCACUCCAGCACAUCCCCCAACAGCCUGUGGGAAUGAUGCCACAACAGGUGCCUGGCAUGGUGGCAGUGAGUGGCAUGGUGCCUGACAUGAUGAUGGCAGCUCCCAUGGCUCCUGUCAUGUCCACUGCCUUACCUCAGGGCAUGGCAUACCCUCAACCUGUUGCUGAUCCCAACAUGUCCCUGCCCAUGGCCCAGAUGCCCCAGGGGGUGACUGAGGGCUACGUGACUGCCCCUGUCCAGCAGGUGCAAGCGGAGAGUGAUCCAAUCAACUUGGUGCUAAGGGUCAGAAACCAAAGGAGAGAACUCAAUGAUAUUCGAUUUGAGUUCAGUGUGGGGCGAGACACAUCUGAGGGUGUGGCAUCUGAACUUGUGGCUGCCGGACUGGUGGAUGGCAGGGACCUGGUGGUGAUUGCUGCCAAUCUGGACAAGAUCACUCAGCACCCUGAACUCGGCCAAAACCUUACUUUUAGACUGAACUCUGACUGUGAACCCAGUGAGACGCCUGAUGACAAGGCGUUAAUAGGGUUUGCUCAGCUGACCAUCUCAGACUGACGGGGGAGCGAGGUCCUCCACCCCCAGGGUUCCCCGGGCACCAGGAGGGCCUGAGGCACCACUGCAGGAGGCUUGUGCCACCCCUGUGUGAUUUGUUAUGAUCAAAAGUGGAUGCUGGAAAUAGUCUUUUUACAUUGUCAGUUUUCUGUGUGAUGUGUUACUCAGUACUGAGAUGAAGAAGGAAGUCAAGUGAGGGUGUCUUGUGCCAGUGUGUCCAGGCCGUAUCACCCAUGAGAGGCAACAGUCAUAGCCUCUUAGGUUGUUCUGCCACAUAGGAACACCACCAGCCAUCAUGAGGAUAAGAUCAAAAUGCCUCACAUAAAAAUGACAAAUAUAAACUGAGGAUUUCCAGCAUUUAGUAUUUUUCAUAAUCUAGAUAUUUUGUUUUGUUUAGUGUAGGAUAAUGUUCAGUACCAAUGAAGGAUUUAUGCGUGUGUGUGUGUGUGUGUGUGUGUGUGUGUGUGUGUGUGUAUAAUAUAUAUAUAUAUAUAUAUAUAUAUAUAUAUAUAUAUAUAUAUAUAUAUAUAUAUAUAUAUAUAUAUAUAUAUAUAUAUAUAUAUAUAUAUAUAUAUAUAUAUAUAUUACAUACACAAAAUAUGUGUGUGUGUGUGUGUGUGUGUGUGCACAUAUAUAAACUGUAGGUAUAUAUAUAAAAUUGCAACAUGUUCUGUGAUGCGUAAAAGAGGGUGUCAAUAUUCCUUUGCUGGGAGUAUCCUCUCUUCCUCAGCAUAAACAGUGAGUUGCUUCAGUUUCCAGCCAGUGCAAUAAUGACGCAAGAUUUCCCUGCCAGUUGGAUGGAUGGAGAGCCUUGAUGCACAUGUACAUGCACACACUUUCUUGUCUGAGCCUCUCCAGCUUACCGCCCCCAUGAGUAUGUCAGCUGCAGGCAUUUAUUGCUGUGUACACUUCAACUAGCAGGAGCAUUAAUUAAAUGAAUAUCAAUUUCAAAAUUAAGAAACGAAACUCAUUAUCACACAGUUAGAUUAUUUUUUCUAUCCUUAGGAGUAUUUCUUUGUGAUCAGUUAUAUUUUUCCAGUCAUGGAUUUCUUUAGUGGCAGAAGAAACCUAUGAGUUAAAGCUUUCCUUAAAAGUGUGUGUGUGUGUGUGUGUGUGUGUGUGUGUGUGUGUGUGUUGUUAAAAUCAAGUAGAGGAAAUGGUGUCCACAUAAUGCAUAUUCUCUUGAAUUCAUUCACCGCGCCAUCAGAAAGUAAGCAUUUUGAAGCAUUCACUAGCUUAAGGCUGUAAUGUAGUCGCUUCUUGCUUCUAGGUUUGACACACUGUGGCAGCUGACUGCGGCUGCUUUGAAACUCUUGGAUCACAUGACUAGCAAAGAAUAUAUAUAUAUAUAUAUAUAUAUAUAUAUAUAUAUAUAUAUAUAUAUAUAUAUAUAUAUAUAUAUAUAUAUAUAUAUAUAUAUAUAUAUAUAUAUAUAUAUAUUCUUUGUUUUGAUCAAGUUAUUCAGUACUGAUAGACCUUAUUGUACAGUAUUCUUUUCAUGUAAUCUUUGUAAUUUCCCUUAUUAAUAACAGCUGUAAUUUAUCUUGUUAACCAUUGCUUGCAGAGUAUAUCCAACAGAACUAUUCUUUGUAUAGGAUGCAGGCUAGUACUUUCUGGGGAGAUAUUCUGGUCAAGCUGGUGAGCACUUGAAAAGGACCACAGUGAAACAAGAGCCAUACCAUCUUUUCUUCAGUCACCCUUUACUCUCUACCAAAAUCAACCUAAUUCUCUGGCUAAUAUGUCUCAGCACGUGAUAUUUUCACAAGUAUUUAUGGUUUCAUUAAGCUGAUGGCCUUCACUACACCUGGCAAGAACAAUACUUUAAUCCCCUGUAUUGACCAGUGAGGUUGUGCAUAGCUGUGGUGUGGAUGUGUUCAUUAUGUUAUGUAGAGGUGUGUUGCAUCCUCUUCAGUUCACCAACAGGUGAUACUGAGAAUAAUAGUAUAGACUGAGGGGUGAGGUGAUACUUUGCCAGCUGCACAGACUUUAGGAAUGACAGACCAAGUUAGCUAUAGCCAUAAUGGUGGAGCCUGAAGCCUCUCAGUGCUGCUUUGUAAAUGUGGCAAGAAAGGCAGCAUGUCUCCACUUUGCUCAUGAAUCAUAUCAUUGUCAGGUGUUAAGUGUAAUGCUGUGGAGAAAACAAAUAAUUAGUUGUUGAAGGUGGAAGGUGGCAGCCUCAAAACUCACUCAGCCCAUUCCUUGUCAACAAAAAUUAUUGUGCUUCAUGUAAGUUCAGUGGGAUCUGCUUGUUUAUUAAGAACAUUCAAUGUGAUAUUUUUUGCUAAGAAAAUUCAAUACUAUCACUGGUAUCAGCUGCAUUGUUUUCACCUCUGUGUUUGGUAACUGAAUCACAUUUCUUGUUAUCACUGUCAUGCAGUAUAUGCAAAAUUAAUUCUGUAUUGUAUAUGUUCCUUCCAACUAAAGUUUCAUAUUACAGGAGCAAAAUUUUCAAGGGUUUGUGUAGCCCAGUCAGAAGAUUCUUUUGUCUGUGUUGUCUAGUGAUACCCAUUCAAGCCAACUCUUGAUGCUUCAUUUUCAUGUCACCUUUAGAGAGAAAUCAAGAUUACUAAGAUCCCCAUAAAACAUGACUAUCUUAGGCAACAGUAUCUCUCUUUCUCUCUACUUUUCUGAGAAAAGACCUAUUGUGUGAAAAAAGUAAAUAAAAAAAUUAUAUUCCCAUAACAUCCAGACAGCUUUACUUUACACUUGUAGAUCAUUUACCAAAUGAAGACAUGUCGCAUUCACUUGUAAUCUGACUACCUGUAUAUUGUUGGAAGUGCCCGUCAUAUUAUUCUAGUGAAUAUUGUACUAUGUUUGCAGCUGAAAAGACUCUUGUGGUGCUGCUCCCUCCUGUUCUUGAGUCUAUAUCUCCAUGAAGUGCUUGCUUAACACUACUUAGAUUAUCUAUCAGUAAUGCCAGUGUGACCUUAAUGAAGUGGUGAAAAAGAUUCUGAAAAAAAUUGCCCUUGUUUUAUGGAUGUGUGAGGGUCUGCCUAGGCUCUGACAAGCUGAGUGGGUCAGUGCUGCCAGAAAGAAGUUACAAUUGCUAUGUGAAUUUUUCCCAUAUUACUGUUUUAUGACAGCAAAUUUUCUUUAGGGAAGAAAGAUCAUGUGCCUGAAGAUAAUUGUUCUUCCAUUAAACAUUUAACUUUAUUCCAUGCUUUGUAUGUGUGUGUGUGUGUUUUCAGUCUCACUUGCCAUGAAUUGGAUGGGAUAGGCAGGAGAUAACGUAUGGCAAAAUUAUAAAAAGAAAAGAAAAAACAAAUAAAUUUCUGUUCUAUUUAUAUUAUAAUUCUAAUAUUAGUCUCAGGAAUAUUUCAUUGCCACAGAAUAUUCCUUUUGGAUGUUUUUUGUCAUGACAGGUUUCAAUAAAGAGGAAAAGGCACUUCAGGCACAUAUUACUAACAGUGUGAAUGGAGAAAUUGUUAAACUUGUGGUAUGAGUUGUAUUCCAAGUAUUUGUUUAAUGAAGUGCAUGCUGUGUUAGUCAUUUAUGAAGGGUUUGUUGCUCACUCUAAGUUCCUUAUUUGUUUGUUUAUAUGUGUAAAUACUUUAGUGUAGCGCCAUACCAGUUGCACUCGUGUUGGUCAGGACCUUUCACCCCGAGCUCCAUAUUUAGUUUCAUAUACAGUGUGCGUAGUGGAGAAUGAGCAUACAUAACUAGUGUAAAUUAUUGUUAUUGUUUAAGGCAACUUAUAUCAAGUCAGGUUAGCUUCUAUGCUGUAUACAUUUUUUAAAUCAUGUGAUUUAAUGUAUGAUGGAGUCAUUAGGGAAGUGUUUGAAUUGCAUUGGGAUGGGUAAGAGCGGCAACAAUCAGCCUCAGCAAGUGUUGGGACUUAUUGCCUUUAUUUUCCUGCAACACAUCAUCCUUCAAAGUAAAAAGUUUAAAAUAUACCACUAAUAUUUCUUUGUUUCAAGAGCUUAAAUGCUUUGUAAAAAUUAUUAUCUCAUCACAGUUUGAAAAGUCAUGAAAAGGAAAAGUAUAGUGAGAGAGCAGAAAGGAAGCUUUUCCAAACUGAGGCUGAAGUGCCACAAACAGCAGCCAGCACAGAGGGACAGCAGUGGUGCCAGAAAGCAAUAGUACCCAUGUGUUGGCUGCCCUGUCCCAUACCAGGACGAGCCAGGCGGCAGAGUUCCAAAAGACUAUGAUGCUAACAUUCAAGGUGACAGUCAGUGUCUCAAAGGAAGAUGAGUAUCUUCUUGAGAGUUGGAAGACUUAAGUGUAGUGCAAUAAGUGCAAUACUUUACACGUCAUCAUGCUGAAGCCGGCACUUCUGCAGUCAUUUUCUCUGUUGCUUGGAAAAGUGAGUGACAGACAGUUUGUGUCCUCUUGAGUGUAAGGUUUACAUGCCAGUCCAUAUCAGGAAACCCACGGCAAUGCAGCAGAGAUUAUUGUGAGGUGAAUUGGCCCUCAGAAAAUUUUUGUAACAAUUAAGGGAGGAAACCAGUGUUAUGUUAUCUCUAAAGGGUGUAUAUUUUUAUUUUUUUCUGAGUAUAACCAGUGCCAAAUCUAUACUUUUGUUUCCCAACUGUCCCUCCCCCACUACAGCAGAGGUGCAGCCCAAGGUUAUGAAAUUAGUUCACCAUGACAAUCACCCUGCAUGGAGGCUCUGUGGUUGCCCCCAUUUGUUCCAUGUGUAAGGGAAACUAAAUUAAGGAUGGUGCAGUUGAUGAUAAUUGACCAUAACAGCACCAAACAUUAGAUCACCCAGGGUUGUGAGGGUGUGAGGGAGUUGCUGGCCAAGGCAAAAAUGCCACUUCAACUACAUUUGCUCUUUGGAACUUGCCUUCCACCCCCUCCCCCCCGAGAUGAUAUAUUCAUGCCUUAUUUGUGCUGUGUAACUGCAAGUUGUUUAUAAAAUUGUACAUAGCAAAACUAUUUUAACAGAUACAGGAAACGCGUUCUAGUGUAACUCGCACCUGCCCCCUUCCCUGGCAUCCCCCUCGUCACAGGGAAUAGUAAAGAGGAGGUAUUUGGUUUGGAGACUAUGCAUAUUAUAUCUAUUCUAAGUAUUGUAUUACAAGCUCUAUUACUUUGUUUUGUGUCCUUACUCUGCACUGCAAGGAAUGAGUCAUCAUUGAGAUGGAGCAUGAGAGAGGACUGUUUUGCAGAGCUGUGGUUUGCCAGUGCAGGAAAGCAUUGCCAUUGUGUUUGGGGUAUUUAUGGACCUUGUGUGAAGAUGUCAUAAUGAUGUGUUGAGAAUUAUAAUGAUGGGUUUUGAUGAUUUCCCUCUUCAAGUACUGAGUGUUCGUUCGUCUCUUUUAGUUACGUUUAUUUAUGACCAUGUAACGAGCCUUAACAAAACCAUGCGAUCAAUGCUGAUUUAUUAGUCAGUCAGUAUAAUGAUGCAGGAUGGGCACUGCAAGUUCUUUAUUUAUGUUUUCUGUCCUCAGGAUUCACUCUACAUCCCUCAUACUUUGGACUCUGUCUCUGCCUUUCUCAACAUUACUUCAGAUUAUCAUUCUUGAAAUUAUUUGCAUAGUUGGUGGCAUAAUUUUGAAAGAGGAAGUAGGAGGCAUGAAUUUAGGUCUUGCAGUGCCCACCAACUCUGGUCAUGUCCUUGUCAACCUGAUUCGGCCAGCGCCAGGCCUGAACAGCCUGGCCUUCUGUCCGGCUCACCAACUCCUCUAUUAAAAUGAAGAAACAAAAA